AUGACGAAAGCAUGGCUACUUAGCAACGAUGGGGAUGGCACCACACCCCUGAUAUUGUCAGCAGCUAGUGGUCACACCACAUGCGUAUUGGAACUAUUGGAACAGGGAGCAGAUCCAAAUAGCAGAAGAGCUACUGGUACAACACCGUUAUUUUUUGCUGCUCAAGGAGGCUAUUUGGAUGUGGUGAAGAUAUUGAUAAAAGCAGGUGCUAGUGUGGAUACACCAUCAGUGGAUGGCGGUACUCCUUUAUUUGUGGCAGCCCAGGGAGGUCAUGUUAAAUUAGUUAAGGAAUUAUUAGAUUGUGGUGCUAAUGUUAAUGCCUGUAUGAAGGAUCGUGCUACUCCUGUUUUCAUAUCCGCCCAAAAUGGUCACCGUACAGUAUUAUCUUUACUUUUAACCGCUGGCGCUUAUCCCGAUACAAAGCGCAUUGAUGGCGCUACUCCUUUGUGGAUUGCAGCACAAAUGGGUCAUGAUCAUAUAUGCAAGGUAUUAUUACAAAAUGGUGCUAAUGUGGAUGCUGUGAGAUGUGAUGGUGCUACACCUUUGUUUAAGGCGGCCCACAAGGGUCAUGCGGCUGUGGUAACAGAGUUGUUAAAACAUCGGCCAAAUUUGACAUUGUUGCCGAAUGGUGAGACCGCCUUACAUGCUGCCGCCAUGUUUGGCCAUAUGACAGUGGUGAAACAACUAAUAGCAGCUGGAGCCGAUAUUAAUCAAACAAAUCACGAUGGUUUGACAGCCCUUCAAGUGGCACGUCAACAGAAAUACACUUCAAUAUGUGAGUAUUUACAGGAACGUCAGAGGACCAAUAAAAAUCGAAAUCAACAAAGUUAAAAGCAAAAAGUUAAUUGUAGAACUAGAAAAUUAAUCUAAAGAAUACCCGGCCAUAAUUGUUAUUUAACAAAAGUUUCCAAUUUGAGAAAAAAAUAUCGAAAAUAAGUUUUCGAAAUAAAGCAGAGCUUAACAGUUAUCAAAACAAUAGAGCUUUUAAUCCUUAAAACUACACAACUAAAGUGCUUAAUUGCACUCUUUAAAUCUCACUCUCUCUCUUUCUUCCUGUUACUCAAACACAUACACACACCUGUUUAAAUCAUUUUACUCAUACAGCUUUAAGUGAAUUACGAAUUAAGUAAAAAUAAAAACUGAACUAAUCCUAAAAAUACAACAAAAAUAUCCUUAAAUAUCCAUUUAUUGUGGAGACAACUUAAUCGAAUAUUUGUUUAUAAUAAAUUGCACAAUUAUUUGAUAUUACAUCAACAAGAAUAAAA